CCCGACCCCUCAGGCACCAUGGGCAAGAUAAUCUUUUACGAGGACAGGAACUUCCAGGGCCGCAACUAUGAGUGUGCCGGCGACUGCGCCGAGAUGCACACCCAUCUGUCCCGCUGCAACUCCAUCCGCGUGGACAGCGGCAGCUUCGUGGCCUACGAGAAGCCCAACUACAUGGGCUACCAGUACAUGCUGCACAAGGGAGAGUACCCCGACUACCAGCGCUGGGCGGGAUUCAACGACUGCAUCCGCUCCUGCCGCAUGGUGCCCCCGUACCGUGGGAACUACCACAUCAAGAUCUUUGAGCGCUCAGACUUCGGCGGUCAGGGCAUGGACAUGAGCGAGGACUGCCCCGACCUGCGCGAGCGCCUGCCCAGCCGCAACAUCUCCUCCGUCAACGUGAUGGAGGGCUACUGGAUCCUGCACGAGCACCCCAACUACAGGGGGCGCCAGUUCUUCCUGCGCCCCGGCGAGUACCGCCGCUUCCACGAGUGGGGAAGCACCAGCCCCACCUUCGGUUCCCUCCGCCGCGUCACCGAGCAGAACUGAGCCGUCACCACGGAGACGACCCC